AUGAGUCUCUCACGCCCACCAUUCCGGAGCGGCUCAAGGUUCCCACUACGUCUCUUCUCCUCCCUCCGAACCGCAUCCUCGAAAUCGACACGACUCCACACCAGCGCAUCGCACACCGCAACGUCGAGACCUUGCCAUUCGACAGCUCCUGCAUCGCGGAGGGCCUUUGCCUCCGUUUCCGCUGCAGACCUCAAGUUCGGCCAGCCCGUCUAUGAGACGCACCCUCACAUCCUGAAGCCAGGCGAGAUAACGCCCGGCAUCACGGCCCAGGAGUAUGCCGACCGGCGGGCCGCCCUGGCCGAUGCCAUGACCGACGGCAGCGUCGCCGUUCUCUACGCCGCGCCGCUACAAUACAAAUCCGGUGCCGUCUUUCACCCCUACCGGCAAGAGUCCAACUUCCUCUGGCUCACAGGCUGGAACGAGCCCGACGCCGUUGCUGUGAUCGAGAAGACGGGUCCCAAUUGGGGUGAUUACAUCUUUCGCAUGUUUGUCAAGCGCAAGGACCCUCGCGAGGAGCAGUGGUCCGGAUACCGCAACGGCAUCGAGGCCGCUGAGGACAUAUUCAACGCCGACGAGGCGCGGUCAGUGGACAGCGUGGAGACGGUCCUGCCGCAGAUCCUCGGCGCGGCCAAGCUCGUCUACGCGGACAUGCAAGGCUCGCAAAGUACACACACGAGCUCGCUCUGGAAGUUUCUGGCCGGCAAAGACGCUGGGCCAUCAAAGACACCGCUCUACCCCGUCAUGAACAAGCUCCGGGUCGUGAAGAGCGCCGCUGAGGUGGCCAACAUGCGCAAGGCCGGUCAGAUAUCCGGACGGGCCAUAACCGAAGCCAUGCGGCAGCGAUGGACCAAAGAGAAGGAUCUCCACGCCUUCCUCGACUACCAGUUUACCAUCAAUGGGUGCGACGGCCCGGCGUACAUCCCCGUCGUGGCAGGCGGCGAGCGCGCGAACUGCAUCCACUACACCGUCAACAAUAACACGCUUCGCGACGACGAGUUCAUCCUCGUCGACGCCGGCGGCGAGUACGGCACAUACAUCACCGACAUCUCUCGCACCUGGCCUGCCUCGGGCAAGUUCUCGGCUGCCCAGCGCGACCUGUACGAGGCGGUGCUCCGGGUGCAACGGUCAAGCGUCUCGCUCUGCCGCGAGUCGGCACACAUGUCGCUCGAGGAUAUUCAUGGCGUGACGGCCCGCGGGCUCGUCGACCAGCUGCGCGCCAUUGGCUUCGACGUGUCCAUGUCGUCGAUCGAUCGGCUCUUCCCGCACCACGUCGGGCACUACGUCGGGCUCGACGUCCACGACUGCCCCGGAUUCAGCCGCCGAGAGGUGCUGCGCCGCGGCCACUGCGUCACCAUCGAGCCUGGCGUCUACGUCCCCGACGACGAGCGCUGGCCGGCACACUUUCGCGGCAUGGGUGUGCGCAUCGAAGACAGCAUCUGCGUCGACGACGACUCGCCAUACAUUCUGACCACCGAGGCCGUCAAGGAGGUAGAUGAUAUCGAGGCGCUGCGCUCCUAG